AUGAGCAACAAGCAUUCCGACCCGUCCGACUGGGAGGCGUCAAAACUACCGCGUCUCAGCCAGUUGGACUCUCUCCAGCGUUGCUUGAUCUGCAAAGAUCUCCUAAAAGCUCCAGUGAUCACAUCGUGCAACCACACUUUCUGCUCCCAGUGCAUCAGACAGCAUCUUAUGGCCGAGAACCUGUGUCCAUUAUGUAAAACAGAGCAGUUUGAAAGUAAUUUAAAGCGGAAUAUCCUUCUUGAGGAGAUAGUAUUGUGUUUCGAGAGACUACGACCAGAGCUCUUGGAUCAGCUCAAGGCAGAUGAACCGACUGAACCGGCUCCGGUCAGAUCUACAGAAUCGACAUCCGAACCCGAGGUUAUAGAAGUGUCGGACGAAGAUUCCAGGCCUGACAAGAUCCCUGCUGACCAUGUCCAGUGUCCUGUCUGUGGCCAAAGCAUGACUGCCGAAUUCCUCCAGAGAAGCCAUAUUGACGAUUGUCUAAGUGGAAAGAAGGCUAAGGUACCUCCUGCUCCACGACCUGCUAAACGCCCUAAAGGCAUUUCGUCGUUUUUCCAGCCCAGAAAGCGUCAGGAUGUCAACCACUCGUCCUUCUACUUUUCCCAGCCAGAGAAGCACCGGCACGAGAUCAAGAAGAUUCCCAAAAUCGACUUUGCUUCCCUUGCCACGCCGAAAAUCAAGGAAAAGUUGGCCCAGCUCAAACUUCCCACUACAGGUACAAGGGCGCAACUCGAGCUCAGGUACAACCACUACUACGUUUUGCACAAUUCCAAUUCUGAUAGCUCACAUCCUGUGAGUGAUUUAACGCUACGGCAAAAACUCCUACAGUGGGAAAAAUCGCAUGCUGCGUUUCUGGCGGCAGCGGCUCCUGGAGGUCUUUUUGGCGGCUCCUUGAGCCACAAGACUGUCAGUGAUAAGGAUUUUCCUGUGGGCCUUUGGUUGAACACUUACAAAAAAGAGUUUAGACGGUUGAUCCGUGCAGCACGACGGACACGGAAAAAGAAGAACGGAGACGAUUCAAGUGACAAUGGGCCUGAAUCUGGAGGCACGGCUGACACUGAGGCUGCAAACGGAGAAACUGAGAAGGAGGAGAAAAACGGGCAAAUCAAUGAAACGACAAAUGCUCACGAAGGCGAAGAAGAUUCACCAGAGUUAUCCUUUGAUCUCUCCACAAGUUCGCUUUUUGUGACACCGAAGUAG